CCUUAAAGGAUGGCCUCUUCAGAUCUGGAACAAAUAUGCUCUUAUAUUAAUGAAAAGAUUGGCAAUAUUAAAAAAUUUCUGUCUUUAAGGAACUGUGGUCAAGAACCUACCUUGAAGACUAUAUUAAAUAAAAUAGGAAAUGAGAUCAUGGUAGUAAAUGAACUUCUAAAUAAAUUGGAAUUGGAAAUUCAAUAUCAAGAACAAACUACUAAGUCACUCAAGGAACUCCAUGAAUCUCUUGAAGAAGAUUAUAAAGAUGUGGAGCAUCUCAAAGAAAACAUUCCUCCCCAUUUGCCUCAAGUAACAGUAACCCAGAAUGUUGUUAAAGGAUCAGAUCUUGACCCUGAAGAACCUGUCAAAGUUGAGGAACCUGGAGCCACAAAGAAGCCCCCCAAAGAGCAAAGACAUAUUAAAGAAAUGCCAUUUAUAACUUCUGAGGAGUUUAAUGGAAUUCCUGCGUACAUGAAAUCCCGCUUAACCUAUUGUCAAAUUAAUGAUGUUAUUAAAGAAAUCAACAAAGCAGUAGUUAGUAAAUAUAAGAUUCUACAUCAACCAAAAAAGUCUACUAUGAGUACUGCGGUCAGAAAUCUCUAUCACAGAUUCACUGAUGAAGAAACAAAGGACACCAAAGGUCAUUAUUUUAUAGUGGAAGCUGACAUAAAGGAGUUCACAGCUUUGAAAGUUGACAAGAGGUUUCAUGUCAUACUGAAUAUCUUACGACACUGCCGGAGGCUGUCCGAGGUUCGAGGGGGAGGACUCACCCGAUAUGUUAUAACCUGAGGCCCUGUGAGCUUUUGAACCAGCCAGCAGU